UCGGUCAAGACCCAGAACGUAGGAGGUACCCGGUUACCAUACCACUUGACAAGGAGUAUAAGCAGGAUUCAAAUCCCUAAAUCCCUACAGCAAACCAGCCGGCGGAACCAAACUUCUGACCCUCCAGUUUCCUGGAGGUCACGCGAGUGUGUUACGAGAAGUCGAUGGCUUUUGCCUGGCGGAGGCCUGACAGGAGCGGACUAUGCACCGGAAGCAGAAGGAAGGAGUUGUUGAUUGUUGGAGGUUCUUUUGGUCUUCGUGAGUUUUCACAAAUCCGUUACGAUGCUGUGAAGAUUAAAAUCGAUCCUGAAUUAGAAAAAAAACUGAAAAUGAAUAAAGUGUCACUGGAAUCAGAGUAUGAGAAAAUAAAGGAUUCCACUUUUGAUGACUGGAAGAAUAUUCGAGGACCCAGGCCUUGGGAAGAUCCUGACCUCCUUCAAGGACAAAAUCCAGAAAUCCUGAACACUAAGACAGCUUGACUGUGCCGAUUCUUUUUUUUUUUUUUUUUUAAUGUUAUCAACUAAAUUCCCACUAUAGACUCCUAUCCUGGGGAAGGAAAAUUCCAGAUCUGCAAAAGCCUGGAUGUGAGUAAUUUGAUGACAGAUAAUCUUGAUUUAAAAAUCAACCACAGUUUUUUUGCUUCCCAAAUCUGCCAUUGCAAAUGGAAGUAAGUGUUGACCACAAAUAGUUUAUACCACUCAAUAAAAAUGUGAACAUGCUA